CACGUUGAUGAGAUGUGCCUACGUUCAAACGUUACUUGAUGAUGCACGAUAUUUUUAUUAGGAACAAUACAUUUCUCUAUUCGGUUCCCUUCCUGAGUUAGUACAAAUAUGGCGGACAAAGUUGUGUUCGUGGAUCGAUCGAGAUUAUCGCACUUGUGAUUCUGACAUUGUAUUAGCAGUCGCACUUUCUCAUCAGAUGUUCGGAAGAUAUCAAAAACCGGCUAAGAUGGCGACGAGCAGUAGUGUGUUAAAAUACGUGGAAUAUAAUUUUGAUAUGUUAAAAUUAUGAGUAUAUCUGAGUCCAUCCGAAGAAGAAAGCGAAAAUGGCGAGGAUACGAUGGUCCUUGACAAAGGUGCCGAAAGUUCUAAGGGUUAGUUUGAAGAAGAGGUUAUGGCGGUUCCAAGUCACCUGCAAGUCUUUAUUCUAUAACGAUUUUUUGGACUGGGGUUAUGCUUGUGAUAUAUUGAUGGAACCUAUGUUCUGGUUCGUCGAGAAUUUUACUGCCUGUUUGGGUCCUGCGCUUGUGGCAAUAGUGAUUCUGCUAACUGCAAGUGUAGUGUAUAUUGCAUACUACGUUGGCCUGCCCUACUGGUGGAAUCGAAGUCCCUUCAUGACAGUGAUUCUACUAAUAAUUGGAAAUUGGUUACUGGUUAAUAUUUGUUUUCACUACUACAUGGGCUUGGUGGUACCACCGGGUUAUCCACCGCAAGGUGGCCUCAUCUCAGAGGCUGUGAGCAUCUGCAAAAAGUGCAUUAAGCCAAAGCCACCCAGAACCCACCACUGUUCUGUCUGCAACAAGUGUGUUCUCAAGAUGGACCAUCAUUGCCCAUGGCUAAACAAUUGUGUUGGUCACUACAACCAUCGAUAUUUCUUCCAGUUCAUGGCUUUCGCCGUGUUCGGCCUUAUAUUCAUUAUGAUUUUUGGUAUAGAACUCGCUUAUGAGGAGUUCUUCCCUGCACAAGAGCCAGAAUUGGAUGGUCAUCCAGUGCGCCUUAAUAAUUCAGAAAUAAUUCCCGUAACAGAGUCAUUGGAUCACUUAACUGAGGAGGAACGGGCAGAAAUAGCAAGACAAGCAGCGGAGAAUGAAGCCAAGGAAUGGCGGCGAAAAUUGAUAAUCUUCGCGGGUAUGUUCAGUGUCACUACAUCAGCAGGAGUUGGUGCCCUUACUUGGUGGCACGCUAGACUUAUCACCCGGGGAGAAACUAGCAUCGAGGCACGUAUCAAUACUACGGAAUUGCAGAAAUACAAAGCACAGGGCAAAGUCUAUCAAAAUCCUUACAACUUCGGACCGAGGGAGAACUGGAAACUGUUCUUGGGAGUAAAGAACAGGAGUUGGUGGUGGGUCCUGUUUCCAUCAUGGCAUGGCCCGUGUAACGAUGGACUCACGUGGCGAACCAUUCACGAUAGUAAAAUAUCCUGAUUUCUGAGAAUCAGAAGAUCGACGAAGCGAACGUCAAUCUUUCAUUUUACGAUUUACACCUUUUUGCGACCUUUCCGUUCCGAUAUUCUAGUCAUAACUACAGACUGUUAAAUUAUACUGUCAUGACAAAUUAAAGUAGCAUCAUAUACGAUUAGCCAUUCACCACUGAUCAACCACUGAUUAAAAUAGUUCUCUUCACGGAUAAUAAUUGUCAGCACAAAUCGUGUCGAUUGUUUUCUGAAAUUACAGAAUUAUUCUAAUAUAAUAUAUAAGUGUUACAAAAUGGUGAACAGUAAAUACAUUAUACAUUGUUUCUCAAUUAACAAUCAAUUUAUCUAAGUCAUUUGAAUUACUGAUUUAGUUAUCAAGAAAUUGUGAAAAAGUCUAAUUUAGUCGAAAUGAAUAAAAGAUGUUUUUUUGUACUUUUUGAAAAGCUAAACGAAUCAUGAUCAUUGCCCUUAUGGCCAGACGAUAUUCUCAAUCCAGGGUAGAUAAUGGGCAACUCUAGUGUAAACGCCAGGAGAGUUGAUGAUGGCACAUCCCUGACCAAAGCUAGUGAUACCAAUCACUUGGAAAAGACUCUGAUGCCUGAUUUGCAAAGGUCCUCCAGAAUCACCCUGACAAGAAUCCUUGGUCCAACCGCCGAGAGGAUCGCCUGCGCAGAUCAUGCUCGGUGUAACGCCAUGCGGAACCUGUCUGGAAUUAUUAUGCUGCAUCGUGCAUGCCACAUUGUCUAUAAAGUUCAGCUGAGCCUUCUGCAAUUUGUCGGACUGAUCUCCAACUGAAAUUGUAUCAUUAAGUUAACAUUAUGAUUUCGUUCUUUUUAUUAACUCAUUAAAAACCACAAAAUGAUAUAAAAAGAAGUUUAAUUUACUUUUAUUGUAAAAGAGAUCUCAAAGAUGAAAAAUUUAAUGUUUGAAGAUUAGAUAUUUUAGAAAACCGAAUGCCAAAAAUUAGAUGUGUUGGUCAUUCAUGAAUUUCUUUCAAAUGUCAGAAAAGAUAUUCAAUGUUUCUAACAGAAAUAAUAUGAAAUUAUACUCCUAUUUUUAGAUGCUUAAAUUUUCGGACUCUACGACUCUAAAGAUUGAUAUUCUUCAGUUUUUUGCAUGAAAGCUUCUUACUAAAUUCAGUAGCACCCCAGCCAGUGACCAAAGCAGCCCUAGGCACAUUGUCGUAUCGCUGAUAGAGACAAGCUGGUCGUAUUAAUUCACCAAAUAUGACAGCGCUUUUAAGUUCCACUAGAGCGAUAUCCGAGUACAUCGCGGGUGGAGCAAACUUCGGAUGUCGUAUCAUGGUCUUGAUGGUAACUGUAAUACCGGAUUGUUGAUCCUUUAAUGAGUGAAAACCCAACCGAGCGUGCGAUGGACCGCCACUGCAAUAACGUUAAUCGUUAAGAACAGCUUUUUUAAUUAUAAAAAAAAAGCUGCAGAAAAGAACUUCAUAAUCUCUGUAUUGUGGAUUUGUAUAUCUUUAACAUUUAAUAUCCCCGAAUCAAUGUUAUUAACUCCUCGAACUUUGUUAUUAAAAUCUAAAAUAUUUUGUACUAGUAUAAAAAAACGCUAAAAAUCAAUUCUAAGGAUUCUGAGCUACGAGGCUUUAUCUGUUUCAUUAUUGCAGUCAUUAAUGGGCAGAAAAAAACAAAGAACAGCUUCCGCCGGAACUUUUAUACAGCUUAAGGCAAAGGAAAAAAAUAACAUAGAUAUACUUUGGCCCAUAAGUGCAAUGCGCAGCGGAAAGUACCCAGCUAUGUGAGAUCAACGUGCCACCGCACAUCAAAGUGAAGUCGCCGCUAGAACUACGUCUACCAAGGGCGACCAUGUGUGGAAAUUCACCAAUUGUGGCCUCGGUGCCGCCGACUACAGUAAUGUGAUAUACAUUUCCAUCAUUAUUUUUUACGUCGGAUGACGUGCCAACUAAAGGUGUUACAUUAGUUGUGCCCGCAAUUUCUCUCAUGUAUUCUUCGCAUUCUGAAAUCAAUAUUACAAGCUUCGUUAUUCAUAUCGGAUUUAACAGUGAGAUUUCUGAACUCUCGAAUGCUCCAGUGCCUUGAAUUUUUACUUCUAGAUCAUCGUGCCUUCUUUUUAGUUCUUUUUUUCUAAUUUCCAGAUUUGUAAUCUUAGAAUUGAUCCAAUCAUAUUCUACUUACUGAGUUUUGAUCUUGUUUUUGUCGAGCCAAAUUUGUUUGAUGUUGUUAAAUCCAGCAAUGACGGCGUGGUUGGAGGUCUAAUUUCUUCAGAAAAGGGUCUUUGAUAUGUAGGCUCUGGUCUGGUAGAUGUUGAUAUAUAGUAAGGCGGUGGUCUAUAAGUUGCAAAGUGUGCUGGCGGAAAAGGCCCUGAAGUAUUAGAAG